GAUGACAUUGUAUAUGACAUGGUAGAAUGGCAGCAAAGUGAAAACCACAAUCUAACCUUAUUUUGUCGACGAAACUAAAUUAAUAUGAGUGAAAAGAAAGAAAAACAUGACAAAAACGAGGAGGUUGAAGAACAAGAAGAACAACCUGAAGAAAUAGUAAUUGAGAGAGAACCACCACAAGGUUCAACGGACGAAGAGAAACAAUAUUGGCUCAGAAGAUUGCCGAUACGGCAGGGUUGUUUUGAUUCUCCUAUAGACUUAAAUCUUGUAAAUUGCAUACCUAUUUCGUUGCCUAAAUUAGAGUGGGUAAACUUUGAUGCUAUUCCGAAGAAAACUAAACUAACAAAUUCAGGACACACCAUAAUAUUUAGUGCGAAAUGGCUUGGCGAGAGGCCGUACAUCUAUGCCGGACCGUUUACUGCGAAAUAUGUUUUUUCCAAUUUCCAUCUACAUUGGGGAGAAAAUGCACAAGAAGGAAGCGAACAUACGGUAGAUGGUGGAAAUUUUCCAGCUGAACUGCACGUCGUGUUCUUUAAGAGUAGUUAUUUAACGCAGGAAGCAGCUUUAAAGGAGCAGGACGGCUGCGCAACGCUAGCCUAUUUGAUUCAAUUACAAGAGAUGGAAAAUCCUGGAUUUCAAGUCAUCAUAGACUCCUUGAGGGACAUUGCUAUAGCGGGAACGUCUAAAAGAAUUGCGAAUGUAUGCGUGUUAAGAUUAUUUAGGAAAUUCUUGGAUGACUAUUAUCUAUAUUGGGGUUCAGUAAGUACCUACAGUUGUCUGCAUUUUAUUCUAUGGUUGGUCACAAGGAAACCUAUAGGAAUAUCUAACGAACAGUUAAAUUGUCUGCGUAAUAUUUUGGAUCACCAAGGAUCUCAGCUCGUUAAAAACUUCAGAAAAGUACAACCUCUAUGCGAUAGAAGCGUUUUUCUCGUCAAUCCUUGUCCAUCUAAGUAUGCAACGCUUUUACCAAUCACUCAUGACACUUACUUACAAUAUCAUGUGUCGGAAGUUUUUUAUUAUAAAGAUAUUGGUGCGAUAAGUAAAUUACUUAAAGAGUUUUUGGAAGAUACGCAAUCGAUUUCGCAAUAUUCAGAAACGAACGAACUUACAGAAAAAUCCGUUGAUAGUGAUGAAGAUGAAACUCAAAAUGAAUACUCUUGUGAUAAUUAAUUUAUAAAAUCUUAUAAAUAAAUAAAUA